CACAAAAGCAGAUGUUCGCGAUGCUUCCAUUUCUUACGCGGAUGAAGCGUUUGCUGAAAAUCCUGAUAGUUCCUUCCUAAGCUGGAAAAAGUGCUCCGAACUGCAGUCACGGGAUCGGAUUAACCCCGAUAUCCACGUGACAGGGCCUCAACUGAUGGGUCUACGCAGUGAGGACUUCGCCUACAGGAUGGGUGUUGUCCCAAGCUUCUACGUUCAGUCCAAUGCACCAGUCAGUAGCAAUAAUAUAGAGAAUCCCGCUUGCCCUAUGUUCCCCGGUGAGAUCUCUACCCCAUCUUGGUGUUCUGCGUCGUGGGCAGAUUCGAACCUAGGGCCUGGUGGCGGUAGAAAAGGUGUGGAAUGGGCCAAGUCGCUGCAAGAUCCGACGGGGGAGGUUGAUUCUCUCUUUCAGCGGUCAGAAUUUGAGCGCUCCUGGCGUAAUCGGACAUCGAGCGAUGGCGGUGGGAUGUCACCUCAUAAAAAUGUCCCGGUUCUUCGUUCAGGUCAGAGUGCCUCUGAAACUUCGACCUCCAAUUCUCAACAGAAUCGAAACCUUCAUAGGCGAAGAGGUCGGACCGCAUCUGUUUCCAGCACUUCAUCCCCUGACAGCCCCACAAAUAUCGCAGUAGGGGAUGAGGGUAGGAGCAUCAACUUGCCCCCUGGUCAGGGUAUCAAUACUGCUGAUUUUGGUGCGGCCACGUGCCUACCUGAUGCAGUAGCUCGAAUGUCCUUUGUAGCUGACCCUUCCACUGUUCAGCGGCCCAUUCCCCCUUCUGAGUCCUCCGUGCUUGGGCAGGCACUAUCCGUCGUGGAUAGAUCUUGUCUUCUAGCUCAUCAAACGCAGUCCAAUUUCUGGCCACCGUCGUCGACGUCACAGGAAGCUGUACCGUGUUCAGGUGUGGAUUCCAUGGUUUUCAACCAAAAAGUUGAUGGCUACCAUCGGCCUACCACUUCAAAUCAGUACACUCAGCACGAUGCCCUUGGAGCUUUCAGAAAUAAAGUGCCUGGUUACGCCAAGAUUCCGUGCGUCGCUGAUUUGGCACGAUCAAACGAACAGAUGAACCAUAAUUCUUCAGUGACUAAAACUAAAUCUCGCCCGGUGCAGAAUGCCUUCGGUUAUGAGGGCGAUGGUCUCGAUCCAGGACAACAGGGGGGCGGAACUGGAAGUGGCGCCCUUAACGAUGAUCAACUAUGGUACUAUGAGGAUCCCCAAGGCAAUAUUCAAGGUGAAUUCAGCAGUGCUCAAAUGCUGAAUUGGCUUCUCGCUGGUCGAUAUUUCACCUCCAAUCUGCGGAUACGCCGGAAAUGUGAUGACACAUUCUCCACUCUACUCGAUUUUUACAAACGGAAAAUUGUUAAAUUUCGUCCCCUUCACAGGUCUUACAAUACAUUAUGA